AUGCCUAUGGGUUCACCUCUGUCUCCAGUGAUCGCUGACAUUGUUCUACAAGACCUGGAAAAGAAAGCUUUAGAUACUCUAGGUUUUUAUAUCCCGUUUUAUGUCCGUUAUGUGGACGAUAUCGCCAUGGGUAUCCCUUGUGAAAAGACCUCAGAAAUUUUAAAUAUAUUUAACUCGUUCCAUCCUAGAUUACAGUUUACGAUGGAGAUAGGUGGCAGUGAACUGAAUUUCUUGGACAUUACCAUUAUUAAAAACGAGAGAUUGGAAUUUGAUUGGUACCAUAAGCCAACAUUCUCCGGGAGAUACUUGAAUUUUUUGUCAGAACAUCCUCUUUCACAGAAGAAGGGCGUGAUUAUGGGAAUGGUUGAUAGAGCUUUCCUAUUAUCAGUUCCUAAAUAUCACAAAAAGAAUUUAAUUUUUGUUAUAGAGACACUUUUAAACAAUGACUAUCCGAUGGAUUUUAUAUUUAAUGUAAUAAGUGAACGUCUUAAAUCUUUGUUACAUGGGAAAACAUUGAGACAAAAUACUGAGAAUGAAUUAUAUACAGAUGACACAAGAAAGAUGUGGUUCUCGUUUCCUUAUGUGACGAAGGUUUUGGACAAAUUUAGAGAUAUAAUUAAGGAUUUUAACGUCAAUCUUGCGUUCUUCAGUAAUAAACUCAAUUGUUUUAUAAAAACACAUAAAGAUCCAGUGCCUAAUUUGGCAAAGAGAAAUGUAAUGUAUAAGAUUAACUGCAAUGAUUGCGACGCAUCAUACGUCGGGCAGACAAAAAGAACAGUGAAGACGAGAAUCACAGAACACAGAAAUGAUAUUCGAAAAACUAAUAGCAAUCAUUCAGUUAUCACUGAGCAUAGAUUGAAUUUUAACCAUGAUUUUGAUUGGGACAAGGUGGAAAUUGUUGAUAAUGAACGAUUUUUAUACAAACGACGAAUUGCCGAAAUGAUCCACAUACAAUUGCAGAAAAAUGGUUUGAAUUCACAGUCCGACACCGAAUUUUUACAUCAUGCAUAUAUAUCGAUUCUUAACGAUCUAAACUGA